AUCAGAUGCUCGGUGUCUCUGCCGUGUCCGCUCGCCCGCCUCUCACUCCACUCUGAGACCUCCUCCGCAGAGCACCCAGAGAGAGAGAGACAGACCACCGCCACGCGUCGUGUCCCUUUAAUUGACGCUCUUUUAGCCAUUCACACCGCGGCUGCGUUCCGAGGUUCUCGGAACGGACGUGGAAUCGGCGGCACCGGUUUAUACGACGACGACGACCCCGAACCGGUUUUCUUUGUAGAACGCGCAAGUGGCUGGUGGCCGAGCGGACUUGCUCGUCUUACGACCCGAACCUAAGAUAACAAGCGCAGAGCCGCGGAAUUUCGGAUCGAGCAUGUGAACUUGUUUUUUUUCUUCCUUCCAAUUCACAUCGCGCAAGAAGAUUCACAUCGGCGGCGGCGGCAGCAGCAUCAAGAGCAGCGCAUCAUCAAGAGCAGCGGCAGCAUCAAGAGCAGCAUCAAGAGCAGCGCAGCAUCUUCUUACUCAUCGCGAGCAAUCGCAGAAGCCGCCAGAUCACAGAGAGGAGUCGUCGGUGCUCGCACCACGCUUUGUGGACUUCUCCUCCUCGCGGUCAAAGCGCGAAUCCGAGUGCGGUGGGGUUUCUUUUUGGUCGGGGUUUGGACCGGGGAACCGCAACCCAGACCCGUGAUAGACCGGGACCAGACCCGUGCUAGACCGGGACCAGACCCGCACCGGAGCAGAUCGGUGGAAAUGAGUUCCCGCAGAGGUUUCGCCUCCUCCACCAGCGCGGUGAGCAUGGCGAGCAAGUGCCUCGUGUGGGUCCUGCGCGCCUUGGUGCUUCAAGUGGUCUGCUGCAACGCGAUCCGAUGGCUGGCGAUAUCACGGGUGCCCGUGGAGCAGGUGUGGAACCACACGGGGCUGUGCCGGGGGCUGGGCGGCUUCGUGGGCGAGCAGACGCAGCUGUGCCGGCGCCAGCUGGACGUGGCGCCCGUGCUGGCGCAGGCGGCACGCGACACGCUGCGCGCCUGCACCAAGGCCUUCGCCGACAUGCGCUGGAACUGCUCCACCGCCGAGCGGGCACCCAAUUUCUCUCCCGACCUCGAGAGGGGCACGCGUGAGUCGGCCUUCGUGUACGCGCUGUCCGCGGCGGCCGCGAGCCACGGGGUGGCGCGGGCCUGCGCCGCCGGCGACCUCGCCUCGUGCUCCUGCGCCCCCACGCCGGCCGAGGCCCCAUCGGCCGACUUCCGCUGGGGAGGCUGUGGCGACAACCUGCGGCAUGGCCUGGCGGUGGGAGGUCGCUUUGCCGACGCGCCCAUGCGCGCCAAGAAGUCUGCGCGUGGCCAGGUGUCGCGGCUCAUGAACCUGCACAACAACGAGGUCGGCCGGCAGGCCCUCCUCAGCUCGGUGGAAACCAAGUGCAAGUGCCACGGCAUCUCGGGCUCGUGCUCGGUGAAGACCUGCUGGAAGGGCACGCGCGACCUCGCCGCCAUCGCCGCCGAGCUGAAGUCGCGCUACCUCUCGGCGAGCAAGGUGACCCACCGGCACGUGGGCACGCGCCACCAGCUGGUGCCGCGCGACAUGGACAUCCGGCCGGUGCGCGACGACGAGCUGGUGUACACCGUGGGCUCGCCCGACUACUGCGCCGUCAACGAGCGGCUCGGGUCGCCCGGCACGCAGGACAGGCAGUGCAAUAAGACAUCAUCCGGGAGCGACAGCUGCGACCUCAUGUGCUGCGGCCGCGGGUACAACCCGUACUCGGAGACGCUGGUGGAGCGCUGCCACUGCAAGUACCACUGGUGCUGCUACGUCACCUGCAAGAAGUGCGAGCGCACCGUGGAGCGAUACGUGUGCAAGUAGUUCCGGCUCGCGUCAAAGGCGACGGUGGCGUAAUCACGCCGCGCGUCACAACGUCGCGUUCUCGUGAACUCUUUGCCGACCCGUGGGCAACACAAAAACGGUAUCGCUGCGCCGGUGAGGAGGCCGGGCGGGGGUGGAACUUUGCGGAAGGAACUACUUUAACAAUGAAAUGUUUUGAGGUACGGGAGAGGAGAAAAGCAAAAAAAAAACGGGACUUAUGUUGUAAGUUUGUUCCGGCUGAAUAAUACAAGAAGAUGCAAGACAAUAAUCGGGCGAAAGAAAAUUCUUAAACGAAUCGCACCGCCCCCCAACGGAAAAAUGGCACUCGCGACAAAAAACUAAAUUCGAAAAGUUACGCGUCUGUGUUUGAGAUUUAUAAAAUGUACACUUCACCAACAUCGAGGCCCUAAGCAGAAAGCACGGAUUAGUAGCGGUCAACAGAAACAAAUCCAGACGUGGCUUUACUCACGCGUGCACAUCGCGGACAAACAGCCGUUACUACUCUGGAGAUUUUGCCCUCUCUAAGUUUCAUUUAUUUCGAGGCGCGCAUCUAUCGCAAGCUCUACGACGCCGGAACGUACGUGUGCCUUUUCGUUAAGAACAAAACGAAACUAAAUCCGCUUUUGAGAUUUCCAUCGGAAGCCUUGCCGAUGUAAAAACAACAGCAAAUGAAAAACCUCCCGAGAGAGAG